UUUUUGAAAUAACGGUUACAAUAAACAUAACAAAUGAAUUGUUUGAAUAAAUAAAUAAAUAAAAAGCAUUUGAAAACAUGAACGAUCAAGCAGCAAUAGAACCGUUGGUUGAAGAAGGCGAGAAUGGGGAGACGUUCGAGGAGAAUAUAGAGUCGCACAACAAACACGAUAUUAAAAAAUCUACCUUCAAUUCCAUUGAGGAGUCUGGUCGAAUAAAGUUUAAAGGAGAGGAUAUGUUAUUUUUGACAGUCAAUGGCAUUCAGAUGUUUACUUUUUAUGAAAUCAUGCUUAAACUUUGUCAAGGCACAAAACGAGGUACAGUUGGCAAUAGAUUUACAAGGCUGAAAGCUACUAAACAUGCAUGUAACAGAGCAGAGGUUGACUUGGUAAAAGAAUUAGGAGGGACCAAACAAGCUUUCUCAAACUGCACUCUAGUCUCAAGAGAAGAUGUUGAAAGAUAUUGGGAAAAAUACUCAGAAAAAAGUGGUUCCAAUGAUGCUACGGACCAGCAAGAACCAGAAGGAUCAAAUUUAAAUAUCAAUAUUCCAAAUAGUUGUAACAGUGACUUGAUUUUAGAGCAAUGCAAACCUGACCACACCUCACUAGAUUUGGUAAGCGAUGAUAAAAACAUGGAUAUCAACAAGGUGAUGGAAUGUCAAAAUAUUUUUAAAGGUAAAAAACCCAAAAUUGGUAAUCAGCAAAAAAAGGCAAUCAAAGCAAGCAAAAAGCCUGUCAAAGAUGGAGCAAAUUUGGUCAAAGGCAGCAGGGUUGGUAAAAAAUCAACAUCAAAAUCAGUAAGUUCAAAUCUAGCAACAAUACAAGUUGAUGAAAAUGUUCGGAGCCUUUCUCCUGUUGCAACAAUUGAUUCAAUAUCUGACGAAAAUAUGCAAGAAAAUGGCAAAAAACGAAAACGUCGCACACAAAUGGAACUACUUCAAUCCUACCAAUUCUAUACCGAUAUAACUGAGGAUGAAAAUACUAUACCUGGUCAAAAAUGUGCAUUGGAUGCAAACAGUAAGCAGUUAAAAGCUGAUGCUUUAUCUCUGGAUAUGAAUUCAAACAUUGUUGAUGACCAAGCAGAGACCAGGUUUGACUAUGAUAACUUUGAUGAACCAUAUUCAGAAGCCAACAACAAUGGUAGCAACUAUGUUGAGCCACGUUCUCCAACUUUGCUUCUUAAAAGAUCUCAUAAUAAGUGGCAUGUGGCGAAUGGUAUUUUACCACAGUCUGGCUUAAAUGAUGCUGAAAGUGAAGAUAUCUCUGAUAAUGUUAUGAAGAGUGAUAACAAUUCAGGUGGGUUAAAACCUGCAAUGACAAAACUAAAAGAUAAAUUAAAAUGUACAAAGAAACGAAAACUUCCUCACGCAAUAUCUAAAGAAAAAUCAGGAAAGAAAAAGAAGAUUGUGGAUAAAGAUUUACAUCCUCUGGCUACAGUUCGGAAAGUUGGCAAGAAUAGUUUAAAAAAAACGAAUGAAGCAAAUAAAAAGGGGAAAAAACGUGCAAGUCUUACAGAACAGGAGAAGACUAACUUGGAGGGAAGUUUUGACCCAGAUAUAGCUAUCGUUGAGAUGAAACCAGAUACAAGUAAUAAUACCAAUGUUAGUGAACAAAAUUUCGAUGGAAGAAAGGGUUUGCUAGGACAAGAUGGUAUAAACAAUUUGAGUAAGACUUUAGACGAGAGCAAAGAAAAGAGAGAAAAUAAUGAUGAGAUUAAAAUAGUUAAGAAAAAGCGAAGACGACGCUUAGAAAUGAAUACUUUUCGUUUAAUCGAGACUAUACCAUAUUCUGCAUUUUUAGUCGUAAAGGAUGGUGAUCUUUCUCCCUCCCAUACUAUGGCAUACAAUAAAAAAAACUGUCUUCCUGGUUGUUGUCAUGCAUUGUGGAGAUGGCGUUUAGGAAAGCCAGUGUCAAUGCCAAGCCAGUCCCCGGUGAAGUCAACAGAUGUACCGCUCCCGUCUGGCAAAGCCAACAUCAACGACCUUCCUCUGAACAAAAUCUUGCAAGAUGAACAGUCCCCGGUUCAAACAAAAUUUGGCUAUUCGUCUCCAACAAAAAGUUUGCAAGAUGAACCUUUGAAACCAAAGCAAGAUAACUCGUCAACGAUUGAAGAGCCAGGUGACUUACAAAGUCAGCAGUUUUCGUGUGAAAUGAAAGAUAAUGUAUCGGUUGAGACACGGCAAGAACAUUAUUCUUUAGAACAUGAUAAGCUUGAGGGUUCGCCUUUGGCAAAAACAAAACGAGAAAAUUGGCCAGCAGAAGAUGCCAAAGAAAAAGAAGAGAGACCGGAGAAUAAGGAUACCGAAGAAAGUAUAAAUACAGAUGCAGUUUUGUUGGAAACGAGCUGUGCUCCUGACUCAUAGAGUUGGUUCCACCAAAAUCAUCAUGGUCGCGUUGACAGACGAAGAAAUUUAAAAAAAAUUGUUGCUCUACAUGACUAAGGAUAUGCAGGAUAUUUUUUGUAUUGAUAUUAUUUCUGUCAUCUGAUGUAAUCUUUGUUACAUUUAUUGUCGUUCAAGAUUUUUAUUGAUGUGUUAACGGAAAAACUUAAAACAUCGAAGUGCCCAACUGAACGUAUUUAAUAAUUACCGCUGUUCUCAGAUUUUCACUGUUCCACACUUUGUGAAUUGUAGAUAAAAAUAUUUUGCCAUUAUUGUAUUGUGGCCGAUUUUACUAUACAACACUCACAUUUCUUUUUCAGAAAUAUGUUUAAAAUAGAAUGAUCGUCAGGACUGAAUUUUGUAGUUUUAACUUGUAGUUUUCGUU